AGAAAAGAAUAAUAAUUGGGUCGAAAAGGUAGUGGAAAAGAACGAUUGGAAUAAUGAUGGGUAUGAUGAACAGCAACUUGAACAAGAUAAAAUGGAUUAUCAUCAUCACCAUGGUAAUGGAUCAUCAAAGCAGAAUAAUAAUCAAAAUUCAUUGACUAAUAAUGAUAACAACAACAGCAGAAUGAUGGAUGUACAGGAAAAUAUUAACUACAAUGAAAAAAAUGAUAUGAAUCGACGACAAUCAACAACAACAACAACAACAACUGCAAAAAUCAUCGAAAAUUCGAAUGAACGUGAUGAUCCCGAUGAUGAUGAUGAUGGAAAAGGUCCAGUUCGAAUAUCAGAUAUGUUGGGAGUAACUAACGACAACAACAACAACAACAACAUUUCGAAACCAGGGAAACCAUCAUCCAACGAAUUGAAUGACCAGAAUAAUGAAUUAGAUUAUAUAAUAAGCAAACAGCAGCCAAAGCAGCAAUCCGAGCAACGAGAACAACGGGUUGUAACCAAAUCAUCAUCAUCAGUAGUAAAUCCUGAAACAACAAAAGAAGAAGUGGAACAGAAUUAUUCGUUGGAGGUUGAACAACAACAACAACAACAACGAAAUUCAUUAUUCAUCAACCAUAAUAAUGAAGAAGAAGAAGUAGCAGAUUAUAAUGAUUAUGAUGAAUCUUUAGUUUAUUCGACUAAUAUUGAUCAUGAGAAUCGACGUGGGCAACCAGAUUUGAAUAAAAAUUAUCAUAAAAAUGACGAUUACGAUUGCGAUGAUGAUUUAACAAUGAAAAAAUCUAGUGGCUAUCAUUCUGAUGAUCAUCGUGGUCGACGAGAAAGUGGUAGUGGUGGACAAAUUGGACAACAGAAUCCUCAUCAUCAACAACAUUCGAAUCUAAAUCGUUCGACAAAUCAGUCGUCAAAGAAUCAUUAUUUAAAUGUAAAACAAUCAUCAUCAUCAUCAUUGAAUCCUGUGGCAACAAGACAAGUUACAUUUGCAGCAAAUGAUAAACAUCGUAAACAACAACAACAAAAUAAUGGUUCGAAUGUUAUUGCUGUUGGUAAAAAACCACAAUCAUUAUCGGUAUUAAAACAACAACAACAAAAACAAGAUUCAUCACCAAUAUCAUCAAGAACAAUUUCAAGUGAUGAUGAUAAUAAUAAUGAAAUUGUUGUUGCCGCUCAAAGAAAUAAUCCAAAUUAUCAUCAACCAAAAAAUAAAAAACCAACCAUCAACAACAAUCAAAUAUCAUCCAAAGAUCGAAACAUUGAUAACGAUAAAAUGGCUACUGCUGCAUCAACAACAUCGACAAAUUUUCUUCCGCAACAACAAGGUUCUUCUUCGUUAGCUUCAUUGACUCAAUUGGAUGCUGAUACAUUGGCAAAUAUUGAAUAUAUUCCAACAAUGAAGGAUUAUCUAUUACCACCAUAUUAUCAUCCUUAUUAUCAUCAUCAUGAUCCAUUGUAUCAUCCUGCCACUUAUGCAGCAGCAGCAGCAGUAGCUACAUCACCUAUUCUUUAUCCAACACCACCAACAAAUCCACAUCUAUUACGAUUCGGUAUAUUUCCCCGUAUAUUAAUCUAUCAGGCAUUAUCAUCGAUUGCUGAUGAACAAUUUGCAGCCGUACAGGCAUUAGUACGUAUUGUACGUGAUUCAUCAAAUGAACAUUUACAAUUAUUAUUACCGCAUAUGGAUGAAUUUUUAUCCAUAUUCAUAACGCAAUUAUUAUUAGAUAGUUCAUCAAAUUUUAAAAUAAUUCUUUGGACAUUAGAUAUUAUUGAAUUAUUAACAGAACGUUUUCGUCAACGUUUACAACCAAAUUUAUCGCAAAUAAUUUUAUUAUUAUCACAACGAUUAGGUGAUAAUCGAAUUGUGAUACGUGAUUCUGUUAUAAAAGUAUUUCAUCAAAUGAUGACCAAAUAUUGUCCACAAGAAAUGUUGGAUCUAUUAUUUAAACAUGUAUCAUCAAAUGCUCAACAUCAUCAACAGCCAUUAGCAUUUACUUCGUCAUCAAAACUACGUGAAGAAAUGGCUAAUCGUAUUACUGCAUCAAUAACAACAUUUCCACGUAGUCGUUUAAAUUUACCAAAAUUAUGUUUUGAUAUUGUACCAUUUUUAAUUGAUCGUCGUUCGCUAGUACGUUUAGCAUCAUUAGAAUGUUUAGCAACAUUAGCACAAGCAUUAGGACCACAUAAAUUAGGUUCAUUAAUGACAGCCGUUCAUUCGUUGGAAUCAUCAUUAACAGCAAUUGAUUUUGAUCGUUUAAUAGCAUCGAUACAAGCACGUUUAGCACGUCGUUCAUUACCACGUGUUGGACCGGAUGGUAAUGUACAAUAUGUACUUCGUGUACCAACAUCCAAUGAUUCAUGGUAUUAUCGUCGUAUUUAUGAUGCUGAUUUGGAAUGGAUUGCAAUUGGACCAACAACACCACCAGUAAAUGUACCACUAUUGUUAAAUACACCUACCGUUGGUUUGGUACCGAAAUUUCCAAUAGAAAAUCAAUCAACAGAAUCAUCAUCUGAACCGUCAAGAACAAAUGAUUCAUCACCUGCUAAUAAUAAUAAUUGUUGUCAACAAGAACGACAAGCAAUUCAAAAACAAGGAUUAUUAAAUUCACCGGAUUCCGAAGAUAUACCACCACCAGUUAAAAGUAAAAUUAUUGUUGAUGGUGGUGGUGGUGGUGGUGGUCAUCAUCAUCAUCAUCCUUGUUAUAAUCGUUCUUCAACUUCACCUGAAUUAUCAGACGCACAUAAUAAAACGGUUAAGAUUCGAAGCCGAUCUCGAUCGAAACCGCAAACUAAACAACAGCAUUCUUCUUCAAGAAAAACAACAAAAAUCGAUCCAGAUGGUUUGGCACAAGAUCCACCAAGUCCAUUAAGAAAUUUUUCCGAUCACCAACAACAAAAAGAAUUAGAACAACGUUAUCAUUCAUUAGAACAACAACAACAACAACAAUCAUAUCCAUUUAAUCGAUCAAAAACUAGUCAAGAAUUUCGUCCAUAUGGUAAUCAGAAUCAGAAUAAUAAUAAACAAAGAACAAGACGUGAUCAAUUUAUUGAACGUUUAGUUCGUGGUGAAUCUGUUGAUGAUUCUGAUUUAGCUGAUGCUGAAUGGUUUCGUCGAUCAUCAACUGAAAGUCUUGAAGCUUGGCGACAAUAUUUUGGUCGUUUUAAAAAACAAAUGGCCGAUAUUUCAUUAUUAAAUGGUCCAAUUGGUGUACGACCAUAUGGUGGUGGUUCAUCAAGACCUGGUUCAAGUGUUUAUUAUGGACUUUCACCAUUACCACCACCACCAUUUACAUUACCGGCAGCAGCAGCGGCUACAUUUGCACCACCCGGUUUUCUAUCACCAUCAUAUUAUUAUCAUUAUUAUAUUGCAAAUGGUCUUUCAAAUUCAUAUCAUGAUCUUUCACAACUUCAACAAAAAAAUAUGAUGUCAAUAAUGAAACGUUCGGGUUUUGUUUCCGGUUCGGAUCAAGAUCCUGAUCCAGAUAUUGAUCGUAGUGAUGAAAAUCUUCAUCAAAAAUCAGAUGAAAAAUUGAUUCGAAAAUCAAAUGCUGCUGGUGGUUAUUCUGGUCAACAUUCGGAUGAAGAAGAAAUUGGUGGUAAAUCAUCAUCAUCAUCAACGAGAAAACGUUCAACGAAUAUUGAUCGACAAACAGAAGGAAAGAAUUUACAUAAACAACAACAACGACAACAGCAGCAAGAAUCAUUAUCAAAUCAACAAUUAGAACCAGAACCAUUACCAAUGGAAAGAUCAUUUUCAAUGCCAUCAAUACGAACAGAUUCAGCAUCGGCUGAAAAUGAUUCACAUCUAAUGGCUGCUGUGACAAAUCAACAGGAUAAUACACAAAUUAUUAGUGAAGAAGUUAUACAAGAAUUAGGAAUGUGGGAACAAGUAAUUCAAGAGGAAAAAAAUCAACAAUCUUCUUCUUCUACUACUGGAAAUAUUGAAUCGAAAUCAAAUGUAGAAGAUUUGGAUACGAAUGUUAAUCAACGUAGAUCUUCUACAAUGAUGUUACCACAAGAACAAUCAGCUCAAAAUGUUGAUAAUAAUGAACAGAUUAAAAUCGAAUCAAAAUCCACAGCGAAAACAAUACCAACAGUUAAUAUUCAACCAUCAACGCCAUCUGUACAAUCAUCUAAUUUGAUGAAAGGAAGUUCCAAGGAAUCGGCUCCAAUCAUAGUGCAAUCACCACCACCGCCUCCUAAACAAUCUUCGCUUACUGAUAAUACGGAAACUGAUCAACAACAACAACAACAAAGUUCUGUUGUUGCUGUUGAAGAAUUAAAACGUCAAGAAUCGAUUAAAAUGGAUGGUGAUGGUUCAGUUGAUAAACAAUCGGUGUCAACAGUAUCUAAACAAGAACAAAUUGAUCCAAAACAAUCACCACCAGCAACAACAUCGAAUGUAAAAUCAAAACUACCACCACCCGCAACAUCGACUGUAACAAAAACUGGACCAGCCGCACCACCAGCAUCUCGUCGAAUGUCAAAACCACCACAACAAUUAUAUAUAAAAACUACACCAGCUAUACCGAUGAAUGCAAAUAUUCAACAUAUUCUGGGUAAUGUUGCACGUACUGAAGGACCAUUUGAUAAUCCAUAUGAUGCUGUUAAAUCAGCAGUAAUUGCAUUACGUGAUCAUGCUUGGACAACCAAAGUAGAAGGAAUGUUAGCUGUUGUUCGAUUAGCAACAUUUCAUCCACAUCAUUUAAUUCGUGAUCAACAUCAAAUUUCAAUAGCAUUAGCAAGUGAAACACGUAAUCUACGUUCAACAGUAGCACGUUCAGCAAUAUUUACAAUUGGUGAAUUAUUUUCAAAACUUCGAUCACAAAUUGAAUCGGAACUUGAUAUUCUUACACAAGCAUUAUUACAUAAAGUUUCAGAAAAUUCUGUAUUUAUUCGUGAAGAUAUUGAUCGAGCUUUACAAUUAAUGAUUGAAUCAAUGCCACAAACACGUGCAGCUUUAGCUUUAAUUACAUUUGGUUCAAGUCAUCGAAAUACACAUGUAAGACGUACAUCGGCACAAUUUAUAUCAGCAUUGGUAGAAAAAAUGGGUCCAAUGAAAUGUUUACUUGGACCACGUGAUAUUGGUGAACAUUUAUUACCAGCAGCAGCACGUUUUAUACAAGAUCAAUCAUCGCACACUAGAUAUUUUGGCCGUAGAAUAUUUGCCACAUUAAUGCAACAUCCAUUGUUUGAUAAAUUUCUUCGUCGUCAUGUUUCACCCGGUACUUAUCGAAAUAUUUGUGGAAUGUUAGAAACAAUCAAACGAAGAGGAGUUGGUGAUGCACCAUCCGAUUUAUAUUCACCAACCGUACAGCCUAAAGAUAGUGAUCCAAGACGAUUAAUUAUUAUUGAAGCUACAACGCCAAGUUAAAAUUAUUUUACCAGUUUUUUUUUGUUUCUGGAUGAUUCAAAUUCUACAAGGAUGAUUGCUUUUUGUCAAUCAAUCAUUGAAUGAAA